AUAAAAAUUGGAGUGAACUCCAAAAGUCCACUAUCCAUAGACUUCCCCAUAUCUCUCUUUCUUCUCACCUUCUCCACAACCCCAAAUCUAGAAGAUUUUUGCUUCAAUGGAAAAUCAAAGCCAAACAAUAAACCAAUUAGCUGAAACAAAAAUUCCCCAAGAAUUGCUUCAAUUUUCAUCCCUCCCAGAUGACAUCAUCAUUGAAAUUCUCUUGAGGUUACCAGUAAAAUCUCUCUUGAAAUUAAGUUGUGUUUCAAAAUCUUUGCUUUCUUUACUCUCAACUCCACAUUUUAUCAACACCCAGAUCAAAUUUUCUGUUAAACAAUCCAAAAAUGUGAAUCUUAGACUUGUUAUAGUAGCUUCAGUAUCUGGUUUAGUGGGUAAAAUGUGCUCUGUUUACUCUCUAAUCUGUGAAAAUUCCUCUGUAAAUGUUGCUAAAAUUGAUUACCCUUUGAAACCCCCUUUUGGAUCUGCAAAAUUUUUGGGUUCUUGUAAUGGGUUGAUCUGUUUAACACCAAUGUCAUUUAAACUGAUGCUAUGGAACCCAUCUACUGGAAAACACAAGGAAUUUCAAGAUUCAUUUGUUAAAUGGGCUGUUAAUUGUUAUAUUAGAUAUGGGUUUGGUUAUGAUAGUGUUAAUGAUGAUUAUAAGGUGGUUAAAAUCUUCAGUUUUUCGCGAAAUGAGGGGAAAUUUGAGAAUAGGGUGAAGAUUUAUAGCUUAAAGGAUGAUUCUUGGAAAAUGGGUGAGGGUUUUUAUAGUGGUUAUGUAAAUGCACAAUCAGGGAUGUUUUUGAAUGGAUCUCUUCAUUGGGAGGUAAGCCAUUGUCGUGAUUCUGUUGGUUCUUCGGAGAUUAUGACUUUGGAUUUGUCUACGGAGACGUAUGGGGUAAUGGCAUUGCCUGAUUGUGGAAAUAAGAAUACUAGUUGGAUGUUGAGUGUUUUAGGUGGAUGUCUAGUUGCUUGUUGUAACUAUUAUCCAGAUAGGACGGAUAUGUGGGUGAUGAAAGAGUAUGGUGUGGAGAAGUCAUGGACUAAAAUGGUUUCUGAUCUCACGGCUCCCUUUGGUCGUUUGGGUUAUAUAUCUCCUUUGUCUGUGUCAGAGAAUGGUGAUGAAGUUUUAGUGAAGCUUGGUACUAAUAUAAGUUUGUACACUAGGAGGAACGCUUCACAUAAAUCCUUGGACAUUGAUUCAUCAGGUUGUUGUCUUCAAGUACAAGCGAUUACUUACAUUGAGAGUCUUGCUUCACCUCAUGUUGGUGAAUAAGUAAUUAGCUCGAGAGAUUAUGACAUAUAAUAGGAUAGUGGCGUUGCUUAGUUGUGCAAAUGGGAACUUUCGUUGGAUGUUAAGGUGUUUUAGGUAGAUAUCUAGUUGCCUGUUGCAACUAUUAUCUGGAUAGGAAGGAUCUAUGGGUGAUGAAGGUUUAGUGAACGAUUUAUACAAAUCCUCAAAGAUUCAUGCAAGCAGUUACUUACAUUGAGAGCCUUGUGUUGGUGAUAAGUAAUUUAGCUUACAGUUUGUGCUUUUCUUUCUGAAAAUUUACUAGUUAGGUUGCGUUCGAUGUUGUAUAUUUGGAUGUUUUGUCUAGUUAAACGAUUGUCACAUGUAUUAUUAAUGUUUACUUCUUGUUUUAUACUACUUGUCUCAAUCUUCUUGCAAA